AUGGAAACACCGUCAUCGUCCUCCGGGACUAUCGACCUGGAGCGAGGCGGCUCUGGAAUCUCGAAAAGGAUAACCCUGACAUUUCGAGAUUUAAGCGUGCACGUCAGAGCCGCUGAUGCGGCACUCGGGCAGACUCUACUGUCUGCGGCCGAUCCAAGACAGUUGGUGGAUUUCUUUCGGAAGGAUAACACGCCGAAGAGGACAAUCCUCAAGGAGCUGACAGGACAAGUACGGCCAGGGGAGAUGAUGCUUGUUCUCGGCCGACCAGGCUCAGGUUGCACAUCGUUCCUGCGAGUCCUAUCGAACGACAGAGUAUCAUUUGAUAGGGUUGAAGGAGAAACGUGGUAUGGGAGCAUGGACUCCGAUGCGGCAAAGAAAUACAGACAGCAGAUUAUGUUCAAUACCGAGGACGACGUUCAUUUCCCUACUCUGACCGUGAACCGAACGAUGAAGUUUGCGCUGCGAAAUAAAAUACCCCAAGACCGCGAGAAUGGAAGUGGAAAGAAGGAGUUUGUGCAGCAGCAUCGAGACGGGAUCCUGGAUUCCCUGGGUAUCCCACAUACGAAGAAGACGCUGGUGGGCAAUGAGUUUGUUCGUGGCGUUUCUGGCGGAGAGAGGAAGCGAGUGUCACUUGCUGAGCUUAUGGCUGGUCAGAGUCCCGUCCAAUUCUGGGACAACCCAACUCGAGGUCUGGACUCGAAAACGGCCUAUGAGUUUGCGAAAAUGCUUCGACGAGAAUCUGACGAGAGUAGCAAGACUAUGGUAGCCACAAUGUACCAAGCAGGGAACGACAUCUAUAACCAAUUCGACAAGAUUCUCGUUCUUGCUGAAGGACUGGUAACUUACUACGGACCACGAAGUCAGGCUCGGGCCUACUUUGAGGACCUAGGAUUCAUUUGCCCGAAGGGAGCCAACAUUGCGGACUUCUUGACUUCUGUCACUGUGCUGACGGAGCGGGUGGUUGCUCCUGGGAUGGAGGAGAAGGUUCCUAACACACCUCAAGAUUUUGAGGCUCGUUACCGGGCAAGCUCUAUCUACCAAGACGCUAUGGACUCUAUUGUUGCCCCGGAGAAACUGGGAUCUGAGGAAGAAGACCUAGCAGCUGCAGUGCUUCGUGAAAAGAAACGUCGCCAUAUCCCGCGGCCCCAGAGUGUGUAUACAACUGGACUAUGGGAUCAGGUUAUUGCCUGCGUCAUUCGACAAUUCCAAAUCAUGGCCGGCGACAAACUCUCUCUCACCAUCAAAAUGGUGUCAUCGAUCCUCCAAGCCCUGGUCUGCGGCAGUCUGUUCUACAACCUCAAGCUGGACAGCUCCUCCAUCUUUUUGCGACCUGGCGUUCUCUUCUUCCCAGUUCUAUACUACCUCCUCGAGUCAAUGUCCGAGACCACCAGCUCCUUCAUGGGAAGACCCAUUUUCUCUCGUCACAAGCGAUUUGGCUUCUAUCGACCAACGGCCUUUUGCAUUGCCAACGCGAUUACAGAUAUCCCUAUAACCAUAUUGCAAAUUACCUGCUUCUCGCUAAUUUUAUAUUUCAUGUCCGGAUUGCAAAUGGACGCAGGGAAGUUCUUCACGUUCUGGAUCAUUAUCAUCGUGAACACUUUGUGCUGCAUGCAGAUGUUCCGCGCAGUGGGAGCCCUAUGCAAGAAAUUCGGACUGGCGUCUCAGAUAACUGGAUUCCUUUCAACCGUGGGAUUCGUAUAUGGAGGCUAUCUGAUCCCUUUUCAGAAGAUGCACCCCUGGUUCCGCUGGAUCUUCUAUCUGAACCCAUCGUCAUACGCGUUCGAAGCAUUGAUGGCCUCUGAAUUCACCGGCCUGCAGCUAGACUGCGUGGAACCAAACUAUAUCCCAUACGGCCCUAGUUAUCCAGACUCAGCCUCACCAUACCGGGGGUGCUCGGUGCCAGGGAGUAACGGUAAGAUGAUAUCUGGAGCCGACUAUAUCCGCGAGCAAUACAGCUACUCAAGCGGCCAUAUCUGGCGGUCAUUCGGCGUGAUUGUUGGAUUCUGGCUAUUCUUUAUCUUCUUGACAGCGGUUGGAUUUGAACUUCGCAACAGUCAAUCUGGGUCGUCGGUACUGCUUUACAAACGGGGGAGCACACCGAGUACGAAACAAGAGAGACCAGCUCAGAAGGAUAAUACUAUGGCUCUCGCUCAGUCUGGUAAACAGUCGACCUUUACAUGGAGCAACCUUGACUACCAUGUUCCGUUCCACGGUCAGAAGAAGCAGUUGUUGAACCAGGUCUUUGGCUACGUGAAGCCUGGAAAUCUAGUCGCCCUGAUGGGAUGUUCGGGUGCAGGAAAGACAACGCUUCUCGAUGUGCUAGCUCAACGUAAAGAUAGCGGUGAGGUGUACGGCUCUAUCCUAAUUGACGGACGGCCCCAGGGCAUCAGUUUCCAGAGGUUGACUGGGUACUGCGAGCAAAUGGACGUCCAUGAAAGAACGACAACUGUACGGGAGGCACUGAUAUUCUCAGCUCUUCUUCGCCAGCCGGCGAGUGUGUCUGAAGAAGAGAAGCUUGCUUAUGUUGAUCACAUCAUCGACCUGCUUGAGCUUUAUGAUAUCCGUGACGCGCUUAUCGGAGUCCCCGGUGCUGGAUUGAGCAUUGAGCAGCGAAAGAGAGUAACCCUUGGUGUUGAAUUAGUCGCAAAGCCAACCCUGCUCUUCCUGGAUGAACCGACUUCGGGUCUCGAUGGGCAGUCGGCUUAUAACAUUAUUCGCUUCCUGAGAAAGCUAGUCGAUGGUGGACAAGCAGUCCUGUGUACGAUUCACCAACCUUCCGCUGUACUAUUCGACGCCUUUGAUUCGCUUCUUCUACUGGCUAAAGGCGGAAAGAUGGCGUAUUUUGGGGAGACUGGUAACGAAUCUCAGCAAGUGCUGGACUACUUUGCACAAAAUGGAGCCCCAUGCCCUCCUGAUACGAACCCAGCAGAGCACAUCGUUGAAGUCAUCCAGGGAAACGGCAGCCAAAAGGUCGACUGGGUUGAUGUGUGGAACCGUUCGGGCGAACGCCAACGAGCCAUCGUUGAACUAGAGGAGUUGAACCGCAUCAGCCAGGCUAAUCCCGGCGAGGAGGACAAGGCCAGCUUCGCUACUUCGAGAUGGUAUCAAUUCGAACUCGUCCUUCGCCGCCUCAUGAUCAAGCUAUGGAGAGAGCCGGACUACAUGUGGAACAAGAUCAUCCUGCAUAUCUUUGCAGCCCUGUUCAGUGGUUUCACAUUCUGGAAAAUGGGAAAUGGCACCUUCGACAUGCAGCUGCGACUGUUUGCUAUCUUCAACUUCAUCUUCGUUGCCCCUGGGUGCAUCAACCAAAUGCAGCCCUUCUUCCUGCAGAACCGCGACGUCUUCGAGACCCGGGAGAAGAAGUCCAAGACGUACCACUGGCUGGCAUUCAUCGCCGCACAGGCCGUAUCCGAGAUACCAUACCUGAUUAUCUGCGCCACGCUCUACUUCGCCUGUUGGUAUUUCACUGCCGGCUUUCCAGUCGAGGCGAACGUUUCCGGCCACGUAUACCUGCAAAUGAUCUUUUAUGAAUUCCUGUAUACAUCCAUCGGCCAAGCCAUCGCCGCCUACGCACCAAACGAGUACUUCGCAGCAAUCAUGAACCCCAUUGUUCUCGGCGCAGGGAUGAUUGCCUUCUGCGGUGUUGUCGUCCCCUACGACGCCAUGCAGCCCUUCUGGCGAUACUGGAUGUACUACCUCGACCCAUUCACCUACCUCGUCGGUGGUCUCCUUACCCCAGUGCUGUGGGAUGUUAAAGUCGAGUGCAACCCGUCUGAAUACCUUCAGUUCAGUGCGCCCGCAGGCCAGUCCUGUGGUGACUACAUGUCGGACUUUCUGUCUUCGAAUCCUGGAUAUCUUCUCAAUGCGAAUGCCACGGGGACCUGUUCGUUCUGUGAGUACUCGACUGGGGCGGACUAUGCGAGGACGUUUAAUAAGCUGGAGAGGUACUAUGGUUGGAGAGAUACUGGUAUUACGGCAUUGUUCUGCAUCACGUCGUACAUGCUUGUGUUUGUGAUGAUGAAGCUGCGAUCGAAGAAGACCAAGGAAGCUCGAUCCGAGUGA